GCUCUCGUCGUCUCCGUCCAUGGAUUUCAAUGGCGGUGUGUGAAAACCGGCGGUGAGUUAACCGAUGGUCAAAGCAACGAGGUGGCUAAAGGCUCUCAUCAACGGAAGGAAGCCUAUCUCGGCGGCGGAGAACCAGAUCCCAGCCAAACAGAAGAAGCGAUGGAGCUUUGUCAAGUCCAUUCCUGAAAUCAAUCCCAAACCACCCACGGCGUCACUGCCGCCGAUGAAGCUACCGGCGGCGAGCAUCAGUAAACGUGAAGAAUGGGCAGCAGUGAAGAUCCAAGCUUCAUUUCGUGGUUAUUUGGCAAGAAGAGCACUCAAAGCAUUGAAAGGUCUAGUGAAAUUGCAGGCAUUAGUGAAAGGCCACAUUGUGCGAAAACAAACCGCGGAGACACUCCGGUGCAUGCAAGCACUAGUUCGUGCUCAGGCCCAGCUUCGUGCGCAUGCCCGCCACGCAAACAAGAGCUCCCGUCCUCUUUCCAAUCCAGAAUCUUUGACACCGGAAAAAACAGAGGCUUAUCAACAGAGGAUUAGUAAUUCAUGGAUUGAUGGGUGGAUCAAAUCAAAGAAUGAAUGUAGGAGAAGGCUUUUCAGUGAUGAAUUUGAACAUUGUCCGAGUUACAUGGGGAAUACUGUGUCAUUCCAGGCGAAGGUCAGGGCGCAGAGUGUGCCGAAACAGAGGCCAAAGGAGCUGCUGGUGAAAUUGAGGUCUCAGAGUUCACAGAGGACUUGUUCUUCGGCUACAUCAUCAUGUUGUUCGAAUUCUUCGGCUGUGCAUGCUAAAUUUGGUAAUGGAGCUUGUUAUCAGGGAUCUGGCAGGUUGGAUAGGUUUGGAAUGCCAAUUAGAAUUUGAUGAUGGUUUGUGAAUUUUAGAGGUGGUUUGGUUUGUGGUUUUGAUGUAUGUUUUUGUGAGUAUAGUUUGAAUGGAUGUUUGUUUAGCUUGGCUCUGUUUCUGCUCUGUUUUGUAACUUUGUUGAAUGUUUUCUCUGUGUUCCAAUUUAGUGGCUGAUUUAUUAUAUCAGAGAAUGAGAGAAAUUGAGAACAGAUUAAUAUAUUAUCUUGCAGUUAUA